AUGGCUAGCACAGUAAGAUGCCUUAAAGGACUCGUCACUAAAAGAAAUGACGCAGCAAUGGAUUGGCUGCAAGACUCCAUUCAAGCGCUCACAGACGCACAAGUCAAGGAAAGCGCAAGGAGAAUACGAACCUCUUUCGAUGAAACUCCAGAAACCACAGAAGAAGAGGAGGACCACCAGGACAAGUAUAUAGAAAUGACCCAGGCAACAAUAAUGAAACUGCACGAGCGCAGGACACGGUCUAAGAAGGAAGAAAUUGCACAGGGCACUUCUCCGAUCGAUGAAGGAGCUUCAAAAACUUUUGUACCAAGAACUGCUACAACCCUACUGCUAAGGCGGAAACAUGUCGUUAGCUCUUUGAAUCCUAAAGAAACAGAAGGAUCGUGGAAACAUUCAAACUCCAAACCACAGCACAACGAAGUUCGAGACUGGAUGCAAAUCAUGAAUCAGCAUUUCGAAACCCUUACGCAGAAAAUGGAGAACGGAUUCAAAACCGUCCGAGAAGAAAUCAAAAGGCAUCACGAAAAGGCACAAAGUAUAAAUACUCACACGGAGCAUCAAACCCCAGGAAGGACUAUGCAGACAGAGGACCAAGCGAAAGAAGGAUAUGUCAAGAAUUGCAGACAAAGGAGAAUGUCUUCUACGACUUCGCAAAAAAGCUCAAACACAGCAAUCAGAGUGCAAAAGCAGAAUAAUGAUAAGGAAAGAAAAUCAGCUUUCAAAGGAGCACAGGAAAGGCAGACCAAGCGAAUUUUUACGGAUAUCAAAAGAGCACGGUAA